UAAGAAGAACCGGUUAAAUAUAAUGAUUCGUUCGCAACCCGGAUAUCACUAGUUUCAAAAGCGGCCAUCACUACUUGAAAAAAUCGCCUCUUUUUAGAGCUGCGCAGUUGUUUUUCAACAUGGCGUCUUCAAGCGCUUCAAAAGAAACAAAGGAAAGAAGGGGAAGCUUUGAUUUAGGUCAUCCAAAUUUCUCCCAGACAAGGAUGGUGUUGGUUGGCAUCACUGGAGCAGGUAAAAGCUCUUCUGGAAACACCAUCCUGGGCAGAAGUGUCUUCAGAGCUGCAGAAAGUGGUUCAUCUGUAACCAAAGAGUGUAGUAAAGUGACUGAAAAUGUGGCAGGGAGGGAAAUCACUCUGGUAGAUACACCAGGCAUGUUUGACACAGAUAUUUCAGAGGAAGAGGUUCUAACACAGAAGAUCAGUAAGUGUUUAAAUAUGACGGCACCUGGACCUCACGCCAUCCUCCUGACCAUUCAGAUCGGUCCAUUUACUGAAGAGGAGAAACUCUCUGUGGAGAAGAUCAGAGCCAUAUUCGGAGAAGAAGCAGAUAAACACACAAUCGUCCUCUUCACUCACGGUGAUAAACUGGAACGCUCUAUUGAGGAACACAUCAGUGAAGCCGGCGAGGACCUGAAAGAAAUCCUGAGAUGCUGUGGGGGAAGAUAUCACGUCUUCAACAAUGAAGACAUGGAGGAUCGUAAUCAGGUUGUGGAGCUGCUGGAGAAGGUAGACGCCAUGGUCACAGCUAAUGGAGGACAAUAUUACACCAAUGAAUCUUACCAGGAUGUGGAGCGCAUGCUGAAAACUAAAGAAGAGGAACAGAGACGAGAAUAUGAGAACAAAUUACAAGAGAAAGAAAGAGUGCUGGAGGGCUUAUUUCCUCAACAGAAGCCGAAGCGGUGGAAAAGAUUGAACGAGUUCAAGCGUUAUUAUGAGGCAAAGCUUCGAGAGUUCAGACUGAAGGCAGAACAGACUUAUACUAAUGAUAAUAUACUGAUAAAGAUCAUUCAAAAGUUAAAAGGUCUCAAAGUCAAAUUUUAGUCAAAUGUGGGUUAUAUUUUCAGGCUUAAAAGGACUAUGCAGAGUGUAUAAUAUGUAAAUAAACAUUUGCUGAAUUGAAUUAUGAAACUUAAUUAUGUACAAAAUAUUUGAAUCCGGACCGUUGAAUUAUUAGAAAAAUACUGCACACCCGAGGUGAUGAUACGGUCACGACGCGAAGCGGAGUUACACCUCAGGUGUGCAUUAUUUUUCUAAUAAUUCAACGGUCCGGAUUCAAUUAUUCCGCUUAUACUACGGUUACCACACCUCAAGACAUCGAUCUGAUGAUAUAUUUAAAGGGAUUCGUCUGGUUUCUGUACUUAAAUCGCUAUUGUUAGUAGGACUAUUUCUUCCGAAUCUCAUUCAGUGCCUCUUUUGCUAGUACCAAAAUGUCAUUUUAAAGCUGGUAAUGGAGGCUUGAGCCGUUGAUAGCAAUCUAAUGCAGUUAUUAAUUAAGUUAUUAGAAAGAAAGCGAGAGCGACAGACACACACACACACACACACACAGAGAGAGAGAGAGAAAGAGAGAGAGAGAGAGAGAGAGAGAGAGAGCUUGUGUGAAUUAAGCAAACGUACCGUGCGUCUCUAAACACUCUUCUGCUGCAGCGUCUGUAAACAGCGCUUUUAUUACCCGCUAGUGAGAAAUGUCAUGUGUAAUCUUUAAAUUGCUGCACUAUAAAUGUAUAACUGAUAAAAUCAUCAGGGCAGUGCUGACGACACCUUCUUCCGCAAACUGCGUGACCGUUAUUACUGUUAACUAAGCGAAGUGAUAUGUAAUGCGGUCAACAGAGCUGCCUGGAACUACGUUCGCCGUGCGUUUCCCAGAAAAUAAUUGCACACCUCAGAACAUUCAUCAGCCAAUCAGAUUCAAGCAUUCAACGGACCCGUAGUAAUAAGUGAGAAUAUUUGAUGUCUUUACAGAUGGGAAUCACUAAUCAGUUUUAUGAUACUGUUAUACAACUGAACAUUACUGUUGUCAUUUAAACAAGACAACACAUUUUAUAUUCUUGUAGUGACAACAAAUAUCAAGUUUGAAAUAAAAUUUGUUUCAUCUG